CUCUUGGACAGUCAAGAGGAUCCUAUAGAACAGCAAAGACAGUAUAUCCAGGUACAGGCAUGGCCACUACGAUAUCCAGGGUGUACGCCGAUGUGAACGAAAGCAAACCCCAGGAAUACUGGGACUAUGAAAAUAUUUCCAUCAUGUGGGGUGCCCAGAGCAACUACGAGAUAGGGGAUAAGGUCGGUAGGGGCAAGUACAGUGAGGUUUUUGAUGGAUUCUCAUUACCUUCAGGAGAGAGAAUCAUUAUAAAGGCUUUGAAGCCCAUCAAAAGAAAGAAAAUCAAAAGAGAAAUCAAAAUAUUGCAAAACCUCUCAGGAGGUCCACAUAUAAUCCAGCUAUACGAUAUAGUAAGAGAACCGUCAAGCAAGAUGUCCGCACUAAUAUUUGAACACGUGAACAACUUGGAGUUCCGUUCUCUCUAUCCGACAUUUACCGACAUCGAUAUCAGAUACUAUAUGUUUCAAGUUUUAGAGGCAUUGGAUUUCGCUCAUUCCAUGGGCAUAAUGCAUAGGGAUGUUAAGCCACACAACAUAAUGAUCGACCAUUCAUGCAAGAAGUUGAGGUUGAUUGACUGGGGGCUCGCUGAAUUUUACCAUCCUGGUACGGAAUACAAUGUGCGUGUGGCAUCGAGAUACUUCAAAGGCCCUGAGCUCUUAGUUGACUUUAGAUACUAUGACUACUCGUUGGAUUUGUGGUCUUUUGGUGCUACUAUAGCGUCGAUAGUGUUCCGAAGAGAACCGUUUUUCCACGGGAAGUCAAACACAGACCAGUUGGUCCAGAUUGCCCGUGUGUUGGGCACCGAUGACUUGUACAAAUACUUGAAGAAAUACAAUUUGAAGCUAGGACCCGAGUACGAGGAUUUGGGUCAUUACACAAGAAGACCAUGGACCAGGUUUGUCACUGCGAAUAAUAACAGUUUGGUGAGUGAAGACUUUUUGGAUUUAAUCGACAAAGUUCUACGUUACGAUCAUCAGGAAAGGCUCACUGCAAAAGAGGCCAUGAUGCAUCCAUAUUUCGACCCAGUUAGGGAUGAUGCAAAGGCGAAAUAAAUCUGGUAUGGUAGCUGCGUGUAUACAAAUACAGUUGUAAGAAUAUAGUAGGUAGUUAGUGGUUUUUAAGACACAGGUAAUUCUGUAAUUUGAUGACAGACUUGGCCCGAGCAAUACUAUCUUCGUGAUAUCAUCCUUCACUGUAGCGAGUUGCUUUUUUGGGUCACCAUCUUAUACUUAUUGCGU